CUUUCAUUUCCAAAACCCUCAUACUCCUUUUAUCAAUUCAUCGAUCGUCGGUGAAAGCCUGUUCUCUCGGCGGCCGAAAGUCAUGCCGCUCUUCAUAUCGGACGAAGAGCUCUCCCAGCUCCCUAACGAUGUCGGAGCCGUGGCGGAGAGAGCGGACGCUUAUAUACGUGAGUUGUACGCUGAACUAGAGACAGCAAAGGCCAAGGCCGAUGCCUCUGCGAUCACCGCCGAGCAAACCUGCUCUCUCCUGGAGCAGAAGUUUCUCUCUCUUUCUGGAGAGUUCGGCAGUGUUCAAUCUCAAAAUGGCCAGCUCCAGUCCUCCCUCGAUGAGCGGCUCGCGGAGCUUGCUCAGGCGCAAGCGCAGAAGCACCAGCUCCACCUUCAAUCGAUUGGGAAGGAUGGGGAAAUAGAGAGGUUAAAGACGGAGGCAUCUGAGCUGCAUAAGUCAAAGAGGCAAUUGCUUGAAAUGGUUGAGCAAAAGGAUUCGGAGAUCAGUGAGAAGAAUGCCACCAUAAAGAGUUAUCUAGAUAAAAUUGUCAACUUGAGUGACACUGCUGCUCAAAAGGAGGUUCGUCUAAGUGAAAUAGAGGCAGAAUUGGUCCGAGCACAAGCUUCAUGUACCCGCCUUUCACAGGAGAAAGAACUUAUUGAGAGGCAUAAUGCCUGGCUUAAUGAAGAGUUGACUGCCAAAGUUGACAGCCUCAUCGAGCUUCGUAGAACACAUGCUGAAUUUGAAGCCGAUAUGUCAGCUAAGCUUGCUAAUGUUGAGAGACAAUAUAAUGAAUGUUGUGGCUCCUUAAAUUGGCACAAGGAAAGAGUGAGGGAGCUAGAGAAUAAGCUAACAUCAGUACAGGAGGAAUUAUGCUCCUCAAAAGAAGCAGCUGCUGCCAAUGAGGAGCGUCUUUCUGCUGAACUCUUAACGGUAAAUAAACUAGUUGAAUUAUAUAAAGAAAGUUCUGAGGAAUGGUCCAGAAAGGCUGGAGAGCUUGAAGGAGUUAUAAAAGCUUUGGAAACUCAUGUAAAUCAAGUUGAAAGUGGUUAUAAAGAGAGACUGGAGAAGGAAGCAUCUUUAAAGAUACAAUUUGAGAAGGAGAAUGCAGAUCUUAAGGCAAAACUUGAAAAAUGUGAAGCUGAAAUUGAAAAUAGUCGCAAAGCAAAUGAGUUGCAUCUUCUUCCACCCAGCAGUUUCACUACUGAAAUGUAGAUUCUUUUUUCCUAAUGAACAUCUUCAUUAAUG